CCCGUAGCUCCCUGCUCACCGCCACCCACAGCCCUUUCACCUCCUCAUUAACCCACUCCAUCAGCGCCCAAAUCCCUUCCCAGCUCCAUCACACAUCAGUCCCCUGCGGCCCUAAAUCCCUGUCCGUGCCCCAUCGCCCCUCCGCCGGGGGCGGGCCGUUCCCAUUCCCGCUCUCGCUGCCUCUCUCCCUGAGGGAGCGGCGCUCGGACGCUGCCGGCCCGGCCAUGUACGCGGGGCGCAGGCGGAGGAAGCCGGUGCCGCGGGCGACGCGGCCAGGCCCGGCCGAAGGAGGCGGCUCCAACCCGUCCAAGCGGCACCGGGAGCGGCUGAACCGGGAGCUGGAGCGGCUGGCGGGGCUGCUGCCCUUCCCGCCCGACGUGGUGGCCGGGCUGGACAAGCUGUCGGUGCUCCGCCUCAGCGCCGGCUUCCUGCGAGCCAGGAGCGUCUUGGGCGUUGCUCUGAAGAAUCCUGGUGCCAAAGAAGCCCAGAUGGACGCAGCCUCUGGCAUUGGACCGGCUCCAGGCUCAGCAGCGGUUCCAGAGGGUGAGCUGCUCCUACAGGCUCUCAAUGGCUUCGUGCUGGUGGUGACAGCAGAAGGGCUGAUAUUUUACUCCUCACAUACAAUCCAGGACUACCUGGGAUUUCAUCAGACAGAUGUCAUGCACCAGAGCGUCUUCGAGCUGAUCCACACUGAGGACCAGCCGGAGUUCAGGCGCAACCUCCACUGGUCUGUGGACCCACCACUCACUCCCAAGGGUGAGGCUCCUCCAGCAGCGGGGAAGAGUCUUGACUCUUCUGCUGCCAUCUACAAGCCAGAUCAGCUGCCCCCAGAAAACUCUUCCUUCCUGGAGAGGAGCUUUGUGUGCCGUUUUCGCUGCCUCCUGGAUAAUUCCUCCGGCUUUCUGGCAUUAAACCUUCAAGGCAGGCUGAAAUUCCUUCAAGGGCAGAACAAAAGGUCUGAAGAUGGCUCUGCCCUGGCCCCCCAGCUCGCUCUGUUCGCCAUCUCCACACCACUGCAGCCCCCAUCCAUCCUGCAGAUCAGAACCAAGAACAUGAUCUUCAGGACCAAGCACAAGCUGGACUUCACCCCCUUGGCGUGUGAUGCCAAGGGGAAGAUCGUCCUGGGCUACACCGAGGCAGAGCUGCGGAUGUUUGGUACCGGGUACCAGUUUGUCCACACUGCUGACACGCUGUACUGUGCUGAGAACCAUGUCAGGAUGAUGAAGACGGGGGAGAGCGGCCUGACGGUGUUCCGGCUGCUGACCAAGGACAACCGCUGGAAGUGGGUGCAGGCCAACGCACAGCUCGUCUACAAGAACGGCAAACCCGAAUACAUUGUGGUCACACAGAGACCCCUUGUAGAUGAAGAAGGAGGAGAGCACCUUCGGAAGCGGUCCAUGCAUCUUCCCUUUACCUUUGCUACAGGAGAGGCACUUCUAUACCAAAGCUCUCACCCUCUCCCAGGCUUCCCUGACCUUUUCCAGAGCAAAGGAAAGCCCAGCAAGUCCAAGAAGCCGUCCUGCAGCCAUGUAGGGCGCUCCCAGAAGAACAGCAUUGACCCCAGGUCUCUACUUGGCACCGUGGUGCGACAGGACAAGGUGAUGUACGCCUCCUACCUAGCUUCCCCUCCCAACCCUUCCUUCAGCACUUUCCAGCUUGGGGGCGAGUCCUUGCCAGGCGCAGGAGGGGAUGCCUGGAGUAUGGGCACAGCUCCAGUUUCUUCAAGGGGCAGCAGCCUCCAAGAGAAGCUGCUGGAUUUGCAGCAGGAGGACUCUCUCUUGGCCACCAUGGACUUGCUCUCAAUUAAGAGUGACAAGUGCUGUUCAAACAAGCUCUUCAGUGCUUUGGAGGGCCUGGGCUUGCAUGCUGAGGACCCAGAGCUCCUGCUGCUAGAUGAGGAAAUGGUGAUGGUCAAUAUGGACCCAGACCAGUCCCUGUCCCUGAAUAACAGCCUGGCCGGCAACCAGAAUCUCUUCUACGUCCCCAGGCCUCCGGUGGAUGAGCAUGAGGGAGGGCAGCAGGUCUGUCCCUUGCCAGGCAUGUCCCCCGGCCCACAGGGAGGCACUGCUGCAUGCCACAUGGAGAACAAGGACUCGAGGUGGCACCUGGCACAGGGUGCAGGGCAGCACAGCACUGCCCUGGGCCAGCCCCCCGGCCCCCUGUGGGAGCAGCCCCUCGGUGCUGUGAAAGGGCUGCUCCCAGAGCUGGCUGAGCAGGAGGAGCUGCCCAGUGGCUCCCAGUGGAGACCAGCCAGGGAGGAGACUGUGCUCCACUUCCAGCCAGCACAGAGCACCUCAUGGGACAGGGCCCCCAGCUCAGCCGCUGGAGCCCACUGCCUACAGGAAACGCCUGGGGCCCAGCAGUUGCAGGGAGACUUCCCAGCCGUGCAGCCUCUCCAAGAGGAUGCCCAUCAGUCUUUCCCCCUGUCCAGCCAGUACCAGGACCAUGUGGCACUGCCCAGCUGGCCAAAACACCGUCACUCACUGCUGAAUGGGGUGUGUGGCCACAGCCCUAACCCCUCUCCACUCCCCAGCCCAUGGCAGGACUAUGUUUGCCCGCUGCUGGGCUCUCCAGCUCAGCCUGGCCUUCAUGGCCUCAGCCAAAACGUGCUCUCCCAGCCCCAGGGCUGUUUGGGCCCUGGGCCUGGUGUACCCCCACAGCACUUGAACCUGAAUGGAUUAUGCAGCAUGGAAGCUGCCGGCACUGGAGACUCCUGGGAAGAGUUAGCUCCGUACCCCAGGUUUUUUCCCCCUUCCUACCAGCUUAUUUCCGAAAAGCAGCUGAGCCCUGGUCUCUCCGUGCCUCAGCACCCUUUCCCCAGCUCAGCUGCAGGGCACUUAGGGAGCGUCAGCAGCCCUCUGGAGACUCUGAAUUCCUAUAGGACACAAGCCCCUGUGCUGAGCCAGGAGGACGGGCACUGGGUAAGGGCCUUGCUCCACUCUGGGGCUCUGUGUUUUCUGUGCUGGGAAUCUGCCCAGCCAGUGCUAAUAACCCCCUGCAAAGUGCCUCACCACUGUUCUCUGUCUCUCCUAGCCCCACAGCAGCUGUGGUUUGCCCAGCUCUCCCAUGGGACUGCCCCAAGACCACCCAGUGCUAGGGGGAAGCCUGGCACUGCCCUGCCAGCCUCAGCCCCGAGCAGAAGUGCUGCCAGAUCCCACUCACGCCUCCAGCGGGGACUUCUGUCUCUAGGAGAGACAGGGAUGGACAAAGUAGGACUGUUCUCUGGUGAAGGAGCUGCCUUCAAGCUGCAGAUAACAAACCUUCCCCACUGCUGUGCACAUCCUACGGGUGCUACUGAUGUUGGUUGCUUUGGGUCACCUGGGGGUUUUUGCUCUUCUCUCAACUUCCCACCAUCCUGCUCCCUGUGCUGUUCUUGUCUUGGUGUCCCUGGUGUGGGGUGGGACAGCAGCAGGGCUGGAGGACAGAUUUCCCAGGGCACUGGAGCAACCUGAGCUGUGAUUGCAGGUCAGCCUGCAAGUACAACCAAAACUUUGUAUUUACAUACAUGAUCCAGCAUGGAUACCAGCCUCGCAUGUCCUAAACAAAGAGACAGAAAAUGUUUUCACCUCUGGUAUUAAAUCUCCUGCCAGGUAUCAGUGGCUGUGGCCAUGUUGUACAGAUAUUGCCUGUUUUUGUAAGGAAAAUCAGCCCUGUAUCGUGUUCUUGUGUUGCUCUGCUCCUUCCCCACCCCAGCUUUCCCUGUGUCCCAGGUGUUCCCAGUGUUUGGGAUCCAGGUUAGAGCUCCUGUAACAAACACCCUGGCUUUUGUGUACUGUACAAGACAUGCCCAGGUUGGCUCCUAAGCUGAUUUUCUCUGGGUGCUGGCCUCUCGGGUACCCUCAGACUUCAAGUCUCAAAGUUUUCGGUUAAAAACCAGAAACUUCAGUAAGAUAAAGAAAGUAAGUAUAAUGCUACUUAAUUGUAAGUACUGAGAGAGUGGUAUCUUCCCACAGAAAAAAAACCCACAGCCCAUAUGUGUGUAUAUAAUAUGAAUGGACAGAUUUUAUUUUUAUGCCACUCCAGUGGAAGGAAAAAACAACCUCUUAGCAUCCCAAAGCAGCGUCCAGUGGAAUGGGAUGAAGAGGUUGUUUAAAAGAUCAGAAACACAGAGAUUUUUUAAGAAACCUGGCAAAGUUCAUCCCUCCUCCUGCUUGCCCAGCUUUGGAUUCAUGUGGAUUCCUAUUGGUUUUGUUUCAAUAAAUGGUUUUGGAGAUCUUCCCUGACAUUUCCGUUGCUGGUUGUGUCUCUUCCCAAUCUGGAGCACAUCAGGGUUUGUUGGAUGCAGCACUGGAGCUCAGGCCUUGCCACUGGUUACCUGGGACACAAUGGGUCAGGUUGGAAGGGAUCCCAAGGAGCACUUGGAGCCUUUAGGAUGCACACAGUCCAUCUGCCAGCUCCUGCCAUGGGUGUUUGAAAACAUUGGGAAAUCUGACAGAGAAGGGUGAGUGUAUUAAAAAAACAUGUACAAUAUUUAUAUAAUAUAUAUGUAUAUAAAGUUGCAUGUUGAUGUAUUGAAAUAUAAAGUGUGUGUAUUUCUAAAGUGUCUACAUAUAGUUUCUAGUAUGUAAUAGAAAACAUUUUUUAAGAUAAAUUAGCUGAUUAUUUUUCCCCUGCA